CGCCCUGCCUCUACAUGUGUGGAGUUUACAUGUUCUCCUCGUUCUUCUUGGGGUUUCCUCCGGGUUCUUCGGUUUCCUGUCACAGUCCAAAAACAUGCUAAAAUGAGCUGCAGUUGCGCGGGUUAUUCCCUGCUUUCCCUUCCGCCCAUUGCUUCCGGGAUAGGCUCCGCACUACCAAGACCAUGCGCACAGGACAGGCGGCAGCGAUAAUUAACUUGAUAAUGUGUGGAUAUUACGUAGGCUAUUAAAACAUGUAUUCCCAAAUUAAAUUAAUUAAAUACAUUGUAUACGUAGUAGUGCGUUUUUGUAUAAGCCUUGUCAGAAAGCUGAAACCAACUGCAACAAUUCUAAGUAAUGUAAUCCAAAAUGCAAAUAUUCUGCGUUUAAUGCAGGUUUUCAUAUUUAGUAAAACUGCCGUGAAUCUGUUUUGUUUAAAACCUCGACAGGACUUGAUUAGGAUUUAAAAUCUGUACUAGACUUUGGGGUCCCCUCGAUAAAUUAUGCCGACCACUGACGUUUCCCUGUAACGACUUUUGCCGGGCAAUAAAUGUCUACACAUACCCCGUCAGCCCACUGUGAAAAUGCCAGACUGGAGAGGAGGGUUUUGAAUAUCAGCUGUCAUCAUCUUAUGCCACACAUGAAUUGGAUCAGAGUGAUUUGGCUGUUCAAGUUAUACAAUUUAAAGCCAGUCUUCUUGAAGCAAUGGAAGAGCUACGUUUUCAUAGGGAAGCUGAAAUAGAAUUUGAAGAGCGUAUCAGUCAACUUUUGUUGGAGAAGCAAGAACUGGAAUGGCAAAAGGAAUCCCUCCAACAUCAAACUGACAUGUUACAAAACCAAAAUACUGAAUCUGUAACUGCUCUUAAGAAGAAGUUUCAGGCAAGAAUCAAGGGGCUGGAAGAAGAGAAGGGAAAAUACCAGGUAACUGUUGAACUGAAGGACAAGGAGAUCAGAACUCUUAAGGAAGAGCUUAAAUUGUUGAAGUUGUCCAAGUGCAGUUUGCAGAAGACAUUAAACGAACUGGAGCAGAAGUUGUACUUGCAAAUGCAGACUAAAGACAGUCAGCUAAGGCAGCUAAAAGAGGUGGAGAGGCACUUGGAAGUUGUGACUCGUCAAUGUGCCACAGUGAAAGAGGCCCACGGAAAACUUGAACAAAGCGUUGGAGAAACUGUGAAGCUUAAUAAGAACCUAUCAGCUGUGAAUUACAAACACGAAGUAACUAUUAAGUGCUUAAAACAGGACAUGGAAAAACUAAACUGUGAAUUUGUUAAGUUUAAAGUCAUGUCAGUGUGUAAAUCUGGAGAAGAGAGAAGUUCAGUUAAAGACCAGAAAGAAUUGCUGCACAAGCUACAUUUGCAAGCAGAGAUGAAUAAAAAUCUAUCUGAGGAGGUUUCUGCUGUAAGGGCUGAAAAACAGGAGGUGGUGAAGUUGUUCCAACAAGCCCAGCGGCUGUUGCAGAUGCAGACUGAGGCCGUCAGCAGAUUGGAGCUAGAAUUGACCAGGCAGAGGGAGGACUAUCAGACUCUUAAGAGAGAACAUGAACUGCUUCGAGCUAGGACUAGAGAGAAGAAUGAUAGAUUUGCAAGCCUGAGGGAAGAAUAUAAAAGCUCCAAAACAAAGCAGGAAGAGCUCGUGGAUCACACACAGGCAGUGCCGGGGUGUCCUGAACUGCAGCUCGUGGAUCACACACAGACAAUGCAGGGGUGUCCUGACCUGCAGCUCGUGGAUCACACACAGACAGUACAGGGGUGUCCUGACCUGCAGCUCGUGGAUCACACACAGACAGUACAGGGGUGUCCUGACCUGCAGCUCGUGGAUCACACACAGACAGUACAGGGGUGUCCUGACCUGCAGCUUGUGGAUCACACACAGUCAGUACAGGACAGUAUCCAAAACUACAUAUCUGAUCAUAAGGACACAUCUGGUGACAGCAGCUGUGAAACAAAGAAUAAAGAGAGUGAAUAUAAGCUUUCGCAAAAUGGCAAGGAGCUAGUCCAACAGUGCUAUCCAGCAAGCACUAAAAAAGGUCCAUCAGAUGACAAUGAUGAAGGCAGGAAUCCUGGUCCCACCAGGCUCAGGGAGACAGUGAGCGAUAGGCUUCCACAGGCAGACUACCGUGUAGUUAUCCAAGCGCCGGACACCACUGUUUACACUUCUGGACAUGCAGACAUCGAGGGGACCGGAAGGGGCUGCUGUGACGCUGACCUUGCCUGUGCAGCUGUCCAGCUGCCAGAAUGUCCUGCUCGUUUGGCACGGUUCCCCGCCAAAGGGCCUCUGUCUGAACAUACUGCUGAUGCAUUGGGUGUCGGUGGAGGCAGUACAGGUGAUGGAGAACAAAUAAAAGAAGGCGGGAGGCAGGAGCAAAUCAAGUGCAUCCCAGUCAAGAGAGAAGAGCUCACCAUUAUACACAGUGACAUCAACCAGAAAAGAACCUGGGCUGUAGGUUUUGGCACGGUUGAGGGUGCUGGUAUUAAGAGAUAUCCAUAUGAAAACCUAGGAGAAUCUCUUAACUCCUCAGAUUCAUGCCCACCUUCAGAGUUAAGUAGAGAAUAUUAUCAUGGGGUUAUUUCAGAAAAAAAUAACACCAUCUCUGACAACUCUGCUACGGUCACUGCACACUCCCAUAUCGAACCUGAAGAGUCACAGGCAAAGCUAUCUGACAAAAGCACACGUCCACAAAUGGAGGUGAAACAUGCUUAUGGCAUAAAAGAAGCUGGAGGAAGUCCAGACAACUCAAUAACUUCAAUACCUGAAAAACACACUUCACUAAACAUCAUGGCAGAAAAUAGGCAUCAGUAUGCAUCAUUAUCAAAUGACAUAGAUAUUACUUCAGGUAACACUUGUCUAGGUGAAAGCAAGGAUGGCGCACCACUCAGUGAAACUGAAAUUACUACUAUUUUAUCAGAGCCUCUCAAGGAUGAUAUAAAGCACAAUUCUGCUGGAAGUGACUAUUCAUUUUAUCCAAGAAACAAAAGGUUUAGGUCAUCAUUCGAUUUAGGAGUACCAGAGAAAUGGAAAUGGACCACACUUGUGAGAAAUUCUUUUGGUUUCAUGAUGGUUCCACAAGGGAUUCAGAGCAAUCAGGAGAUAAAUAUUUCCUCAGCAUCAGUGGCAGCUUCUCUUUCUGCAGAAAAAAUAUGAUUCCUUUUAAGAUGCAAGGGUGUUCCUUCACCUCAAGCAAUAUCUGUGCCUGUACUUCAAGAUGAUAAACUGAACAAGAAAUUACUACUUACAGGAAGAGGAUACAAAUGGAAGAUGAUAAAUGUCUUUUGUUACAAUGCUUGAUCUAUCCUCCGAGAUGGCAAAAUGUGAACAAGUAUCAGUUCACUAUUCAACAUCCUUGGUUUAAAUGGGGAAUUUUAGGUGUUGGUGUAUUCAAAAUCUCAAGUUCUUUGAUCAUUAAAAGAUUGCUUCUAAGCAUAA